CCCGUUGAUCUAUCAUCAACUUUCUCAGUGUCCGCCAUGCAAACAUCAGCGCUGACCUACAAGAACUUGAUAUUCAGACCAAAGUUUUGAUUGACAGUUAUCUAACCUCACCCAUAAUGAUGGCAAUGUAGGCAUCACUGAAAUAUUCCUCCUGUUUGAUUUAUGAGACUUCCCGUAUGCAGGAAAUACCAAUACAAUGAUUGCUACUGAUCCCUUGGGAAUCCGUUCCCUGUUGUCAGAAUAACGAGGCCAAUCACUUAACUGGCUUAGAUUUAUCAAUAUCAUAUCACGUCACAAAUCAAGGAAAAUCUUCUGAAUCGAACCACUGCAAUAUCAUAUGAAUACAAAUGACGUCUUUUUGCGGCCAAUAUAAGAUGUUUCUUAAGACAUAUCGUUGUGUCUAUCCGCACUGUGACAUUUCAAGAACAUGCUGUGAUUAGUGGUGAUAGUUAUCGAACGUUGCGGACAUUUGGCCCUCAACUUGAAACCAAGUAUACAUCCCAACGACAAUGAACACUAUGGCUAUCUCCAACGUUACACCAGCACCGACCGACGACUACACCCAGUAUGUUGAAUACAAGGCGGGUAGAUGGGUGUGGUCCAUCUUCCCACCCGUAUUAAUGAUUCUCGGAACUAUCGGUAACGUGUUGUCCAUUAUAGUCCUCAACAGGAAGUCCAUGAGGGACUCCACGGUGUCCAUCUAUCUCACAGCUUUGUCUGUAAUGGACAUUUUGGUUCUCUAUACUGGUCUUCUGCGCCAAUGGCUGCGUGUGGUCAUCCUGGACAUCCGGGUCAUCAGCGAGAUGUCCUGCAAGAUCCACAUCUGGAUGGUGUAUUUCACCCUCGACAUGUCAGUCUGGCUUCUCGUUUCCGUCACCGUUGAGAGAUUUGUGUCGGUGAUGUAUCCGUACACGGUGAAGAAGUACUACACACGAUGUACAGCAUUCGUAAACAUUGCAGUCAUAGCAGUCUUGUUGUUGGUGCUCAACUCGCACUUCUUGUACGGCCUUGGGGACGUUCAGACGACGAUAGGUGGCGCUGCGAACAUCGAACGCUGUGCUUCACUUUGGGAGGGUUACGACCACUUCCAGUCACGUGUCUGGCCAUGGAUUGACCUGUGUGUGUUUUCCUUCAUACCACUGACCGUGCUCAUUAUUGCCAAUAUUUCCAUCGCCCAGAAAGUUGUAUCCAGAAAGAGGAAUGCUCGGCGAAUAAACCCUGAGAUGUUUACAACAACAUCGAACCACGAACGAUAUCAAGACAAAAAGACGUCGUCUAUGACAAUGAUGCUCCUGGCUCUGAAUCUGGUGUUCUUUGUGUGUACCGCUCCCAUCAGCGUGUACCUUAUUGGGGAACCUUACUGGACGGUGGACACCACACCACACUGCGAAGCAGUUCUGUCCCUUAUAUGGGCAAUUUCUAAUACACUGAUGUAUACCAACAAUUCUGUUAACUUUUUAUUGUACUGCAUCAGUGGUUCUCGCUUCAGAAACACGUUAAAGGAACUGCUUCAACGUCGAAACAGAAUCCGCCCGAGCAAUUCCAUGACGACGCUGCGGAAUAAUCAAAGCGAUGCUGGCGCUAGCGGAAACAGAGAUGACGUCAACAUUCCCGAGGGUGGCAACAGAUAUGGACCCAGUCAAAAUACUCUUCAUGUAUCAAGACAGGAACAACAAAGGAAAUGAAAAUAUGUACAGUGACAUUACAAUUUCUUCACACCGAAGAAAAUUUACAUAUUGUAACAUGGAGUCAAGGCUACAAUGAUCUUACUCAUUGUGGGAUAUCGAAGUUUUCUUGGCAAUCACAGUAUCGCAUCGUGCACGUCGAUACUCAUGGUACGUAUUACCGCAACGAAGUGACAUUGUACCAUGCCUGGAACCAUGGCAUGUUCGGAGACAACGUCGUUAUAAUUUCAGGAACCAAUUUCUCUUUCUGUCAUGUUAAC